AUGGUGGGGCUGACUAGGAGCUGUGGAUCACCUGGACUGGUGUUUGACCAAAUUGGGCACCACAGCCUAACCAAGCUGGCACGUAAAAUUACACAUCACAGUACUGGAAAGAAGGUGUUCAGUGAUCAGCAUUGUUUAAGACACUGUGGGAAAACGGAGGUAAAGCUUAAAGUGCUCCCUCUCCUCAAGAAAGACUCUGGCUCCCUGUCCCCUGGUCCCCACUCCUCCAGCCCUGCAACAUGCCUGAGCUGCCAGUCCAGAGUUUCCCCUUCCCCUCUCCGUCUCUCCCAGUUCUAUCCCAAGAAGCCCAAGCACACAGAAAUCUGCUUCUUGGAUUGGUUCAAGACCCAGCAAGCAUUCUUGGCCGAGAACCUGUCCCACGAGGAGAAAUACCAUGUCACAUGGUUCAUGUCCUGGAGCCCCUGCUUCCAAUGUGCGAGGCAGGUGGUGGAGUUCCUGAAGGACCACAAGUACGUGCAGCUGAGCAUCUUCGUUGCCCGCCUCUACUACUCCAGUCGCCCCCAGUACCAGCAGGGGCUGCGCAGCCUGCAAGGCGCAGGGGCCCAGGUGGCAAUAAUGACUCCAGCUGACUUUGCCUACUGCAGGAAGAUCUUUGUGCAUAACCCCCAUAAACGAUUCCGGUACUGGAAAGGAAUAUAUAUAAACAGUUGCAGCCUAUCUAAGACUUUGGAGGACAUUCUCAGG